AUGCUAUACACUUCCCCCAGUCAAGCCCGUAGCUCAAGUGCCUACUCCGUCAGACUCCCAAACAUGUCUCAACUCAUAAACCACUCCUCCUUUACUCCCAACUUCCAAUUCAACUCUCCCGUCAGAUCCUAUCUCAAAACCAACGAGAUCAAGCAACGCAAACUACAGCAUCACUCCGUUGUAGCCAAACUAACCGACAUCAUCAACAAUCAAAAUCCCAAAAAGAUCCCUCGCAAAAGUUUACAAUCUGUCAAUCGUCGCACUUCUGCAUAUUGCAUCACUGAUAAGACUCAGAUUUUGUGGGAUUCCCUCAAAGUCAAAUUUGAACACGAGGCCUCAGAUCAACUCUAUGAUUUGCUACUUGAAUUACUCAAACAAUCUAAUCAUUUACAAGUAGAAAAAUAUACACUUCCAAUACACACCAAAUAAGAAUUCACUAGAUUUAAACACAACUUCAUACUCACCUUCCUCAUGGAACCCAACCUACUCAAAAUCAUUCACAAACUAGAACAAUUUAGACAACCACUCUUGAAUCCCCCCUCUCUCUAUCAAGAAUUGAGAGGCUAUUCAACUAUCAGCCAAAUUGUCGACUUGUUGUACCAACAACUCCUCAAGGACAUUACCCUAUAACCAUUCCUGAUUCCGUAUCCAGAAAGGGAUUUCAAACAAUUCGCAAUUCAGUUAAUCACCAACCUAAUACAAUCACAAGGGAAUAGCACUGAACUCAGGAUUCAACUCCAUCAAUUUUCCGAACUCCACAAACUAAAUCAUGUGCAUUUCACCUAAUUUAAAAUCCUUUUCUACAAAAUUCUCAUCCAAUUCUCAAUCAAUGAAAGAGCCAUUCGUAAGAUAUUAAAAAUCAUCGACUCUUAUAAAUCAUCAAUUCUGAGAGCAAAACCAAUCAAAAAUUACUUAAUCGAAAAUUGUAUACUAAUUCAUUCAUAUUCUAGCUGACUUAUUGCCACUUAUGGUUGUAGACACCAAAAACUAAGAAUAUCAAAAAAAAUAAAUCAUGUUGCUUCUAGAAUAUAUCACAAACAAUCAUUCAAGAGCUAUUAAAAAGGAUGACUUGCUCAUGCUCAACAUCAAUCAAAACGUUUGCCAAGCAAUCAUCUCAACUCUUCAAUCACUCAAACCCAACCAUCUAAUAAUGCAAGACUUUACCUAAGAUUUGAGAUCGUGUCUUAGUUAGAAUUAUACUAUCCCAUCUCGCUUACUCGACAAAUUAGCCAAGAAAUUGAACUAAGUGCCUUUCUAUGCUACCAUUUACAAAGUAUCCCUAUCUAUUAAAUUAAGGAACACUCCAUAGAUUGGAAAAAACUCACCAAAAUUGAAAUCGACUUCAUUUCAUAAAACAGAACUCAUUUUAGAAAAAAAGAAAUUCAAUUAAUCCACAAGAGAUUUAAAAUUACUAACGAAAUUUUUGAUUCCUACAUUUAAGUAUCAUUUUGCUCUAAUUUUUUAAGAAUAUCCAAGAUAUUAUGGGAGUCUACAGCCAGAAUCNAUAAACCACUCCUCCUUUACUCCCAACUUCCAAUUCAACUCUCCCGUCAGAUCCUAUCUCAAAACCAACGAGAUCAAGCAACGCAAACUACAGCAUCACUCCGUUGUAGCCAAACUAACCGACAUCAUCAACAAUCAAAAUCCCAAAAAGAUCCCUCGCAAAAGUUUACAAUCUGUCAAUCGUCGCACUUCUGCAUAUUGCAUCACUGAUAAGACUCAGAUUUUGUGGGAUUCCCUCAAAGUCAAAUUUGAACACGAGGCCUCAGAUCAACUCUAUGAUUUGCUACUUGAAUUACUCAAACAAUCUAAUCAUUUACAAGUAGAAAAAUAUACACUUCCAAUACACACCAAAUAAGAAUUCACUAGAUUUAAACACAACUUCAUACUCACCUUCCUCAUGGAACCCAACCUACUCAAAAUCAUUCACAAACUAGAACAAUUUAGACAACCACUCUUGAAUCCCCCCUCUCUCUAUCAAGAAUUGAGAGGCUAUUCAACUAUCAGCCAAAUUGUCGACUUGUUGUACCAACAACUCCUCAAGGACAUUACCCUAUAACCAUUCCUGAUUCCGUAUCCAGAAAGGGAUUUCAAACAAUUCGCAAUUCAGUUAAUCACCAACCUAAUACAAUCACAAGGGAAUAGCACUGAACUCAGGAUUCAACUCCAUCAAUUUUCCGAACUCCACAAACUAAAUCAUGUGCAUUUCACCUAAUUUAAAAUCCUUUUCUACAAAAUUCUCAUCCAAUUCUCAAUCAAUGAAAGAGCCAUUCGUAAGAUAUUAAAAAUCAUCGACUCUUAUAAAUCAUCAAUUCUGAGAGCAAAACCAAUCAAAAAUUACUUAAUCGAAAAUUGUAUACUAAUUCAUUCAUAUUCUAGCUGACUUAUUGCCACUUAUGGUUGUAGACACCAAAAACUAAGAAUAUCAAAAAAAAUAAAUCAUGUUGCUUCUAGAAUAUAUCACAAACAAUCAUUCAAGAGCUAUUAAAAAGGAUGACUUGCUCAUGCUCAACAUCAAUCAAAACGUUUGCCAAGCAAUCAUCUCAACUCUUCAAUCACUCAAACCCAACCAUCUAAUAAUGCAAGACUUUACCUAAGAUUUGAGAUCGUGUCUUAGUUAGAAUUAUACUAUCCCAUCUCGCUUACUCGACAAAUUAGCCAAGAAAUUGAACUAAGUGCCUUUCUAUGCUACCAUUUACAAAGUAUCCCUAUCUAUUAAAUUAAGGAACACUCCAUAGAUUGGAAAAAACUCACCAAAAUUGAAAUCGACUUCAUUUCAUAAAACAGAACUCAUUUUAGAAAAAAAGAAAUUCAAUUAAUCCACAAGAGAUUUAAAAUUACUAACGAAAUUUUUGAUUCCUACAUUUAAGUAUCAUUUUGCUCUAAUUUUUUAAGAAUAUCCAAGAUAUUAUGGGAGUCUACAGCCAGAAUCUAGUAAGUCGUAUAAAUCACUAUAGAGAUUGGAUAGUUACUGAGAAAAACAUUUGA